AAAUUGCCACGAAUUCUCUUCCUCGUGUUCUCUGCAGAACUGAAACAAUGACGAUUCUUCAUUUGAAACUGAUGUACGUGUUGGUCACUUUUAAACAUGGAGCAGAACGACAUCACAGUGAUGUGCCGAUCACGUUCUGGCAACACGGAUUUCCUGUAAAAGUCUACAGUGAACAGAACAUCGAAUUUAUGGAAAUCAGCUUUAUGUAUCGUUGCGGGAAUCGUACUACUGGAUUUACAGAAUACAUCCAGCCUACGACUCGCGUGUUAGCCAACGAUCAGCUCAUUAAAAUAUGCAAAGGUGACACAGGCACCUGCAAACGGUAUGGAAAAAGAAGAAAACAGAAAUUACAAGGGCUGAAAGGAAAAGAAGUAGUGGUAUCUUACAGUUCUGAACGUCAUUUUCAAAUUGACAAAUUCCGUAAAGCAUUUUCACGUCAAUAUCUAGACUUACUUAGUGAUUGUCUGCAGAUGAGCGUUGACGUGAAAUUGGACGAAAGAAGCACAGAUCUGGCAUUAAUCACUGAUAUUAUCCUCAAAGAUUACAUGGUUUAUACUCCUCCCAUAUUCGAUACUUCUACGUAUUACGCUAUUCGAGCCGCGAGACCCUUGGACAAAGCAGUUUCGCUGGUAAAGCCGUUUGCCUGGACGAUUUGGAUGUGUCUGUCGAUCACGUUGCCUCUGUUUCUCAUUUCUGCAUACGUACUGUUGAGACAGGAGGCGAGACUUCGGAACUUGAAUCCACCUCCGUUUUCCACCUUCUUCUGGAUUAUAAUAAGAAGUUUUCUGCGUCAAGAUACCGAUAUCGAUAACGUCUAUCUGGAAACCUUCCGUCUGAUGAUUGGAUGUUGGUUAUUGAUGACGUUCGUGCUGACAUCAGGCUAUUUAGGCAUUUUGCCAUCUUUCAUGAUGUAUCCGGGAACCGAAGACAUCCCGAAAAAUUUUAUUCAGUUGGGAAAAGCAGUGAGAGAAAACAGAUAUAAACCAUUGAUUUUCUUUAUGUCUGAUGAAACAUCUAUUUUCAACUUUUAUCAGAACUAUCUUCCUGCGGCUUCACGUUUUAAAAAUUUUAACGUAAAACUCAGUAACAUCGAAAUCGUCGACACUUUCAUAAAAUCCCUCAUUUCUAAUCCUGCUGAAAAGUCUUUAUUUGACUCCAAACCCGCACUUUCUAAAAUUCUCGACGAAGCAUAUUGCCUGUUGGCUUCUAAAAGGGUUCUGGAUUCGUUGAUUAUGCAUUGGGGAAAGGAAAAGUUUUACGUAUCUUUGGACAAUCUGUAUACGAACUUCCGCUUUCUUCAGAUUAACACCAAGCGCUUCAAUUACGCUCGAGAAGUCACGAAUAUGGUGAAUUUACUGGCACAAAGUGGCAUACCCGAUAAAAUAAAGAAAGACGAAGAAGAGGAUAUCAGAAGAAAAUACGAAUUUUUUAAGACAAAUGUAGAAGAAAGUGAAAACGAACCUCUGAAAGUAGAAGACAUUAUGGGUCCACUCUACUUAUUGUUAGCCGGGUAUGUGGUUUCUACUUUGACCCUCGUCGCCGAAAUCAUUACUCAUAAGAUGAAAGUCAGAAAACAGCGACUAAAGAUUGACGUAGAAAAUGCAAGAAAUCACUAAAAUUCAAUUCGUAUGGCAUUGCUAAAAUACAAUUUCACGUAUCAAAUGUUCUUAAAUUUUUUUCCAACUAUAUUUAAUAACGAUGUUUUUAAUGAGAUUUCAGUACAUUGAAAUUAUUAAACUAUAUAAAUACAAAUAUUUUCCCAGCCUUUUCCAGCUACGAGUGUUAUUGAAGUGUUUUCGAGUUGACUGAGCAGCCGUUUUAUAAUCGAGUAUUAACGGGUUUGAACGUGAAAUAAAAUUUUAUAAUUACGAAUUCUUGGAUCGACUUGAAAAAUUAAUUAAAUAAAAUGUGAUAAGAGAUGGCGUCACCAAAUACUGCCUGGAAAGUUAAGCAACUCGUUCCAAUCCGUUAGUAGUUCGAUCUUAAAGGUGGCUGCUUAGUCAGCACAACACGUUUGAUUAUAAAUAGUUGCAAUCAGGAAGGAUCUAGGAUUUUUUUGGGUCUAGGGUUUAUUGAAGUCCAAUGGGACCCCACUUGAUAGAUUAAGAAUUUUUAAAUUGGGGUUUAAAAUUCACUUUUUAUAAGAUCAAAAUCAGAGUUGAAAUAUACGAGGGGAAGUCAAAAAGUUCUCGGAAUUGUGAUCCUGCACUGUAGUGGC